UCCGCCCACUCCUCCACUCGCCACACCCCCCUUCCCUCGGUGGAACGAAGCCAGCCCUCGGUGGACCAACGCCCAUGGUGUGACGGAGUCAUGGUGAAAGGGCUGGAGAAAGGCGGCCUGGCGGUGCCCGCGUCCGACGCCGAAGGCGACGACGCCUCGGCGUCCUCGGACGCCAGCGGCGAGGCCAAGCGCCGGCGGCUCACCGUCGUGCGGGGGCAGAUCCCACUGGAGCUUGAAGAGCUCCUGACACAGCCCUUCUCGAAGGAAGAGCGCGACGUGAUCUUCACGUCCGUCGGCUUGACCACCGUGCCGCGGGCGCCCCCCUCGCAGCGGCCCAUCGCACUGUGGGUCUUUGGACCUCCAGCAGCGGGGAAGACCUCGGUGAGUGAUCAGGUCGAGGAAGAGUACUUCGGGUCAAAGAGCUCCGCGGUCAGCAUCGAUGGAAGUCAUGUGCGGAAUUCCCACACUGGUUUCCAGCGGGUGCUCAAACACGGUUUUGAGAACCAGAUGAUCCAUGCCGAUGCCUGGACCAAGCUCAAAGCCACGAAGUAUGUCGAGACAUUGAAAGAAGAGAUCUUCUUCAUGGCUGUGGAGAAUCGUCAAAAUAUCAAGAUAUGUGAUGCCGCGCAGAAGCUCGAGCGUGCUAAAAACAUGCUGAAGUCGCUCGAAGAUGCGGACUUUGAGUUGCACGCCAUGUGCUUGUGGGUUCCAGAGGUCGCCAUUCGCAAUCGUGGCCAGCACCGCACCGCCGAGAGUGGCCGCGUGAUGUGCUCCUCGUCGUACGCGAGCAGCACCGAAGCCACCUUAGCCUUUGCGAAGAACUGGGACGAAAAGAUUCGACAAGGUGAUGCGCGAUACAAGAGCUUGGUCCUCCUGGACAACACUCCGCGACGAGCUGUGCGCAUCUCCUUGGAGGAGUUUGAGGUGCGGACGCACUGGGCGGCGGAGGAAUCGGAAGAGCACUACCAGCGGCUUCGAGAGGACUGAGCAGGUCAUAGUCCUCGAGCUGCUCCUGUAUCAUUGGUCAGCGGCAUUUUCUCCUCGUGCCGACAGCCCGGUGAAGAAUCCAUG